AUGGUAGAUGGUAAAAUCAAGUAUUCAGAGAAAGUGUACGACGCAUGCAUGGAUUCUUUCGAUGCUCUGCCAUUAGCUGCCUUAAUGAACCAACAAUUUCUUUGUGUACAUGGCGGCUUGUCGCCGGAACUUCAUAGUCUGGAAGAUAUCAAAAGGCUGGACAGGUUUAAAGAGCCCCCGGCUUUCGGUCCGAUGUGUGAUCUGCUUUGGUCGGAUCCGCUAGAAGACUUCGGUAGCGAGACGAACACCGAACAUUUUUCUCACAACUCUGUUCGCGGUUGCUCAUACUUUUAUAGGUGA